AAGUCUUACAGUAAUGUUUCUUAGACUUAAUUCUUCACAACUUUAUUUUUCAUAUAUCAUUUAUUACCAGCAUGCUUUGAGAAAUGUGUGGUAUACUCUUCAUACUUACAAUAUAUACAAAUAAUGAUUUCUAUCUUAAAGCAGGACAGAAGGAGCAAGCUGUGGAAUGGUAUAAGAAGGGUAUCGAAGAGCUAGAAAAAGGAAUAGCUAUCAUAGUUACAGGACAAGGUGAUCAGUGUGAAAGAGCUCGACGUCUUCAAGCAAAAAUGAUGACUAAUUUGGUUAUGGCCAAGGAUCGUUUACAACUUCUAGAGAAGCUGCAACCAGUUUUGCAAUUUUCCAAGUCACAAACGGACGUCUAUAAUGACAGUACUAACUUGACAUGCCGAAAUGGACAUCUGCAGUCAGAAAGUGGAGCUGUUCCAAAAAGAAAAGAUCCCUUAACACAUGCUAGUAAUUCACUGCCUCGCUCAAAAACAGUUAUGAAAACUGGAUCCACGGGUCUUUCAGGUCACCACAGAGCACCUAGUUGCAGUGGUUUAUCCAUGGUUUCUGGAACAAGACAGGGGCCUGGUCCUACAAUGGCCACUCAUAAGGGCACUCCAAAAAUAAACAGAACAAAUAAGCCUUCAACCCCUACAACUGCUGCUCGUAAAAAGAAAGACUUGAAGAAUUUUAGGAAUGUGGACAGCAACCUUGCUAACCUUAUAAUGAAUGAAAUUGUGGACAAUGGGACAGCUGUUAAAUUUGAUGAUAUAGCUGGUCAAGAGUUGGCAAAACAAGCAUUGCAAGAAAUUGUUAUUCUUCCUUCUCUGAGGCCUGAGUUGUUUACAGGGCUUAGAGCACCUGCCAGAGGAUUAUUACUCUUUGGUCCACCUGGAAAUGGCAAGACAAUGCUGGCUAAAGCAGUAGCUGCAGAAUCGAACGCAACAUUUUUUAAUAUCAGUGCUGCAAGUUUAACUUCAAAAUAUGUGGGAGAAGGCGAGAAAUUGGUGAGAGCUCUUUUUGCUGUGGCUCGAGAACUUCAGCCUUCUAUAAUUUUUAUAGAUGAAGUUGAUAGCCUUUUGUGUGAAAGAAGAGAAGGGGAACAUGAUGCUAGUAGACGUCUAAAAACUGAAUUUCUAAUAGAAUUUGAUGGUGUACAGUCUGCUGGAGAUGACAGAGUACUUGUAAUGGGUGCAACUAACAGACCACAAGAGCUUGAUGAGGCUGUUCUCAGGCGGUUCAUCAAACGGGUAUAUGUAUCUUUACCAAAUGAGGAGACAAGACUACUUUUACUUAAGAAUCUGUUAUGUAAACAAGGAAGUCCACUGACCCAAAAAGAACUAGCACAACUUGCUAGAAUGACUGAUGGAUACUCAGGAAGUGAUCUGACAGCUUUGGCGAAAGAUGCAGCAUUGGGACCUAUCCGAGAGCUGAAACCAGAACAGGUGAAGAAUAUGUCUGCUAGUGAGAUGAGAAAUAUUCGAUUAUCUGACUUCACUGAAUCCUUGAAAAAAAUAAAACGCAGUGUGAGCCCUCAAACUUUAGAAGCAUACAUACGUUGGAACAAGGACUUUGGAGAUACCACUGUUUAAAGGAACACCUUUGUAAGCCUGCAGAACAUUUAUUUAACAAGAGAGAAUCAUCUGGUCUUCAGUGAACAGUUAUCAGCUACAGAAAUUCAGCUUAAGUUUACAGGACUUUUCAGAGUCUCACAGUUAUUUGUGUACCAAACUUGAUCGAGAAUACAAUAUAGAAUGUGAAUGGAAUGUUUUGUUGUUUAAGGCCUUCUUGCCUUGGUGGUCAUGGUAUCUCAAUGGGCACUUAAAUUAGAGCACAACAAAAACCGAAUCUGGUCUUCUUUAUCAGUAUAAUCCUAGUGUAAAUAAUAAUUUGUAUAUUGUGUUGCAGGUGAAAGUAUUCCACAUACAGCGAAUGGUAGAAGACACAAAAGCCUGUGGUUGUCUGUCUUCUAAUGUUUUUCUUAUUUUCCUUUCCUGUGUUUCUCUUAACUGUCUGUAUUGGAAUACCAAACACCUUUAUGUUUCCUUUUUAUAAUUUUCCUUUUACAAAUCCAGAGUGCCAAAAGGAACUUUUUCCUAAGAGCAAUAGGAAAAGGCUGUUUUGAGGCUUUUUUUCUUCAGAAAUCUGCAGACAUUAAACAGUUUUGUUUUUAUUUUUCUGUUACCUUGCUGCCAAAUAAUUUAGAAAGCAAUAUAAUAACAACAAAGCAAACCUGGUAAAAUAGAAAAGGGUUGAAGGUUUGAGUUUCUCUGUCAUAUAAUAUGUAAAUCAGUCCUCUUAUGACCUGCACUAUUUUUUUUUGAAAGUCAGGAAUCUGCUGUAGACUGUUAAUUUAUUCCACAUGGAAUUCAUUUUCUGCUAAAAUUCUGAUACUCAAAGGAGCCAAUUUUAACUGUUAAAAUAGCAGCUCCGGUACUAGAAGGGGAUGCUGGGAGAUAAGAAAUUUCUAAUUCAUUGUUUAUCACUUUCUUACUGUUUACAAGGUAAUUAUAAGCCAAUAGAACUACCAUCUUUUUUUCUUAAUUAUGAAUCCCUUCAAUGAAACUAAAAUACUGAAUUUUUAUAUACAUUGCAUACAUUUUAUAGGUUUCUUGUGCUCACUUUACUAACUAAAGUUAUAGUCUGUAUGUCUAGUUUCUCCAAAAUGUACAGCAGCUAUUUCUUGUUCGUAUAAAUAUGCUUGAAUUUUUAUUAUAAAAAUGUUCACUGUAGGAAGUAGAGAUGCAUAUCAUGGCCUUUAAAAUAUUGUAAUAAAGGCAAAUGGAUAUUUGCCCUUAGUUUACUGGUUAAAAGUUUGUUUACAGAAUUUUCUUUGGUGCUUUAAUGAUGCUGUGUAAAAUGUCAUGAGUGGAAAGAAUAAUUUUGUAGUAGUAACAUAGACUUCAUUUAGGAAAGAUGUUUUGAAAGAACAUAUUAAAGUACAAUUGCCCAAAGGCUGGGGAUUUAGCUUAGUGGUGCCCCACCUGCCUCAGAAAUGCAAGGUCCUGAGUUUGAUCCCCAGUACCAAAAAAUUGUUUUAAAAAGACAAGUUGCCCACACUAGAUAAGAAUUUUACAGCAAGAACAUAAUUUUCCUUGGUUUUACUUAUGUUCUUGUUAAAAAGUUAUUCUAAAUAUAGAAGACAUAUGAAUUCUUAUAGUAUCAUUUGUUAUUUGUAGCCAUAACUUAAAUCAUACCGACUUAAUCACAAACCUUUAGCUCUUUAGAUGAUAAAAAUGAGAAUUGAGAUAAACAGGAAAAAAAAAAUUAAAGCCAGAGCUACGCAUAAGCUAUGCAUAUUUUAGGUCAUAGGUCUUUUUAAAGUCUCAAAUGUUAAAGCAUCAAUUUUAAAAUAAUGAUAAUACAAAGUGAUGACAGGAGAACUGGGGAAAUAAAAACUUGCAGUAAAAUUCAUAAAAUUUCAUUUUGUUUUCACUUAGGGAUUAAAAUGUCAAUAUUUAGGUAACUGCAAUUCAGUACAGGGCUCUAUAAUUUCAGAUGAAAGUUUUAAAUAUAGGCUCCUUUAAAAUUCUUGUGCUUGGGGCUGGGGAUUUAGCUCAGUGGUUCUGCCACCUGCUUUGCAAACACAAAGUCCCGAAUUUGAUCCCCAGAACCAAAAACAAACAAACAAAAUUAUUGUGCUUCUUAUAAUUCUAUUGGGAAGGUUUUUAGACAACGAAGUUUUCAAAUGCUAAAAGAUUGUAAAAGUCAACAUUAUCAUAAACAGGCCAAAAUUAUAUUGCUAUAUGAAUAUCCUUGCAUGCAGAGAAGUUUCUUUGAUGAUCAAGUUUGAAGUUCACCCGGUGUUAGAGAACUAUUUUCUGUGACUUACUCUAUUUUUUUUUGUUGUUGUUAUUGUUUUGUGUUGCUUGGUACUGGGGAUCGAACUCAGGACC